AUUCAUUUUAUUAUUGUUUUGAUUAUUUUUCAAUUUCCUACUCAAGCUCUCUCUUUAUACUGCGUUCUUAGAUAGAUAAAAAGUAAAGGGCGAGAGAAACUGCUGCGCCUAACUCUUCUUCUUAUCAUUAGAAAGUGACGACCCUUUUUGUUUUCGAUUAUAAUUUUGAUAAAAUUAGGUUUUUGGUGAGCAACAAUAAGAAACAAUGAAUGAAAAACUGAUCGGUUAGGGCUUUCGAAUUGUGAUGAAUUAGGGUCUUGGAACGGAUUAAUUGGCUAUGGUUCUGUUAUUGAAGCAUUAGUUUUUUUAUUCAAUCAGGUUAAGAUUAAGGUUUAUUUAAGGUGGAUACACCGUUUGGCCUUGAAGUAGAUAAAGGUUGUCUUGGGUGGGUUUCUAGGGGUUGUGAGUGUGAGGGUGGGUUUCAAUGGGGAGCACUGGUGAGGCUGACAGAAAGCGGCGUCACUUUGCCUCCAUAUCUCCCACUGCUGUUGACUCAAAGAAGCAACCAUUCUCACCAACUUCUGAGGAGAAAAAGCUUGAUACUCAAGUUUUGCAAUUUCAGAAUCAAAAGCUGCUGCAAAAGUUAGAAGCUCAGAAGGUUGAGUAUUCUGCUUUUGAGAACAAAUUCAUUCAACUGAAGAACAAACAGAAGCCAUAUGAUUCUACAUUGCAAGUGGCGAACAAAUCUUGGGAAGUGCUGAUCACUGGCUUGGAAUCUCGUGCCAUCCACACACAAGAAGCUGGCAGGCAAAAUGGUGAAUGUGCACCUAAUACAGAGGAUGGGGCUCUCUUUCCUGCUGAGGAUGCUUUUCUUAGCAGACUUAUGGAGACAGGUGCAACUGAGAGUUCCUCUUCCAAUAUUUGCCCAGUGCAGAUGAAAGAAGAUAGAGAACAGACUGCAUCUGAAAAGAGUGGGAACAUAUUACACAAUAUAGUAGUUGCAAUUAAUGACCUAUGGUGUCUGAAGGAUGGAUUAUAUGCUGUAGUUAAAAAAGAUCUUCCUAUCUAUGGAUCAUGCAGGCAGAAGGCAUUUUGUGACCUAGAAUCAGAAGUUAAGAAUUUGAGGUUAGCAUUAGGUGAUAUUCAUUUGAACCACAGAUCUUUGGUAAGAGAGUUGCAGAGCCAUAGGGAUAUUGAUGCUAAGAAUAAAGCUGAACUUAAACGUCUGAAAGGUGAAUUAGAAAUUGCAGUUGCAGAACUGCAGGUAAGUAAUUGCAAAUUGGCAACUCUUAAAGCAGAAAGAGAUGCAACGAAAGGUGCAUUUUUUCCUGUCUUAAACCUCGGGGGUAAACCUGUUGCUGGUGAUAAGUUCAAAGAUAAGCAUAGAGAUCUGCAAGAAAUGGAGUCAGCCCUCAAAAAGCUGUUGGAGCAAGCAUCCACUCGACUAACAGAACUAAAAGGCCUUCAUGAGGAAAGAAUAGAAAUAUUACAGCAGUUAUCAAAUUUGCAGAACACAUUGAAGAGUAUAAAGUGCAUUUCUUCUGCCCAAGUAUAUCUUCUGGUGAGAGAUCAACUAGAAAGGUCAAAAUCAGAAGUUUCGCGGUAUCAGGAUUUAUAUGAGAAACUACAGGUUGAGAAAGAUAAUCUGGCUUGGAAAGAAAAGGAGUUGAGUAUAAAAAAUGAUAUAGCUGAUGUAUUUCAGAGAUCAUUGGCAAUUUCUGAUUCUAGAGCUUCUCAUAUGGGGGCAGAAAUACAGCGACAAAUUGAUGAAAGAAAGAGAAUUGAAGCUAAGCUGGAAGAGGCAUCUAGAGAACCAGGAAGGAAGGAAAUAAUUGCAGAAUUUAAAAGCUUGCUUUCUUCAUUUCCUGAGGAAAUGAGUUUGAUGCAGAGUCAAUUAGGUAAAUACAAAGAGGCCGUCGUGGAUAUUCAUUCUCUCCGCGCUGACGUGCAAUCUCUUUACACUACUCUUGAUAGGAAGGCGAAAGAGUGUGAGAAUUUGUCUGUCAGAUCUGUUGAGCAAGUUGCUGAAACAAACAAGUUGCAAGCCAUGGUCCAGGAAUUGAAGGACAGUGAUGUGGAGUUGAAGUUGAUAUUUGAUAUGUACAGACAUGAAUUUACUGAUUCAAGAGAUGUUUUGGAAGCUAGAGAUUCAGAAUACAAGGCAUGGGCUCAUGUUCAAAGUCUGAAAUCUUGUCUUGAUGAGCAAAAUCUGGAAUUACGUGUUAAGACAGCUAAUGAAGCUGAAGCGGUAUCCCAGCAAAGGUUGGCUGCUGCAGAAGCUGAAAUUGCUGAGUUGCGACAGAAACUGGAGGCUUCCAGGAGGGGUAAGGCUAGGCUUUCUGAUGUUUUAAAAUCCAAAAAUGAGGAAAAUGAGGCUUACUUAUCUGAAAUAGAGUCAAUUGGACAGUCAUAUGAUGACAUGCAAACACAAAACCAGCAGCUAUUGCAGCAAGUCACAGAGAGGGAUGACUAUAACAUCAAGCUUUUUCUAGAAGGUGUUGGGUCAAAGCAGCUGCAAGAUGCUCUACUCUUUGAAAAACAUACCAUGGAGAAGGAUCUUCAGCAAGCCAGUUCAUCCCUUGAUUUUUAUGAGAUGAAAGCUGCAAGAAUUGAGGAUCAGCUGAGGUUUUGCUCAGAUCAGGUUCAGAAACUGGCAGAAGAAAGAUUUCAAAACUCGGUUUCAUUGGAAAAUACACAAAAACGAUUGGCAGAUAUUAGAAGAUCAUCUCAUCAGGCAAGGGAGUCACUAGAGGACUCACAAUCUAAGAUUGAGAGAAGUCGAGUGGCAUUGGUGGAGUUGCAGAUAGAAUUAGAGAGGCAAAGGUUUAGCAAGAAAAGAAAUGAGGAAGAACUGGAAGUGGUGAGAAGGAAGGUGUUGCGUCUUCAAGCUGAGAUUGAAGGAUCAUCAACUGUACAAAGGCUUCAACAAGAACUUAGAGAGUACAAGGAAAUACUGAAAUGCAGUAUCUGUCUUGAUAGACCAAAAGAGGUUGUUAUUACAAAAUGCUACCAUCUCUUCUGCAAUCCUUGUGUACAAAAGAUUAUUGGAAGUCGUCAUCGCAAGUGUCCAGUGUGUGCUGCAAGCUUUGGUGCUAAUGAUGUUAAACCUGUUUAUAUCUGAUUUUGGAGCGCUCAUCACAACUGCUCAUCCAUGAGAUUCGAUCAGUGGUCAGCAUCUUGAGUGCAUGCCAUAACACCUGACGCAUGCAUGGACACUCAAACAGGUUCCCAUGUAUGUUAUAUUAGAAAGAUGUUAGAAAAGAAUGUUGAGAGGAACUAGAGGUCAAUGCAAAUCCUAUGGGGUUGUGCUUGUUUGGUCCCAGAUUGUUGAUUUGACUUAAAUUUAUUAUUGUAUUUAUGGUGUUUGCCUCGAUUUUUAACUGUUUGGGGAGCUACUGGAAUCUUUUUAAGUUAUUACGGUUAGUCAAAUUUGAAGUUGAUUGUUUAAAA